GAAAUAUUUAUUUAAUUGAGUUUAAUUCUAAAGUUUAGAAUUUACAAGCGUAUUUAUAAAGAUUGUCGCCACGUUAAAAAAAAACAAACGAUUUUUUUUACGUACAUAUCUCUAUAUUAUUUUUGAAACAUUUGAUUGGAAUUAAUUUUUUUUUUCACUAUUAAAUAAAAUAUUUCGUGAGUACUUACAUAUUUAUAUGAAGAUUGAUAUAAUGAACGAAACAAACUUAGAACCUGUCAACAAAAAAAAAGGUUUACGAUGAUGCGGACUGACGAAGAAAUUCAUUAUAUUAAUGGAAAUAGCGAUUCUGAUAAUUACAAAGCCAACUUUGAUGAUCACUCAGGCGAUGCGAACUCAAAUCAUAAUGACGAUACCCCUGUUGUAACGCAUGGGGAUAUGGAUAUAAAUAAUGGAGAUUCUUGCGGUUUAAACUUUGAAGAUGAUAUGUUACCUUAUACACCUGAGUUUAAAAAAAAGGGGCAACGUGGUCGACCGAAGAAAGCAAACGAGUCUAUGGAAUGGAACGAUGAAGCUUCCGAAGCACUCAUCCAUUUAUGGCAAAGCAAAGAAGAAUUAUACAACCGGCAACAUCCUUAUUUUUAUGUUAAAGAAGCUAAAGAAAAAGCUAUUGAAUCAAUUCGGCUUUCUCUUGAAAAAAUGGGUUUUAAAAUUUCAGCCAGUCAAAUUUUUAGCAAGUUUCAAUCUUUGAGAACAUACUUUUGCAGCCAGCGUACUAAAAUUGCUUCAGCGCGAAAAAAUGGAGUUUGUGACGAAGAAUACUUGGAAAGUAAAUGGAGGUUUUAUAAAAGUUUACAGUUUCUUGACGAUAAUAUGAAGCAAAGAGAAACAUACGCUACGCGCCCGAAAUUUAGCGAUUCAAGUUAUCCUUACGAUGGACUAGGGCCUAAUGGUACCUUUUCAAGAAGCAUGGUUGUAAACGAGCUUUUUCAAGACAAUGGUAAAUACGACUAUCGUGACGACAAAUACGAUUACCAAGAAGAAAAAGAGUUACAUAGAUCUGGUAGCAGUACUCCGCCAACUAGAAGUAUUAUUAAAAUUGAACCACGAACUGAUUAUAAUGAUUUAGUCAGAGACGAGGAUCAAUCAUUCGGCGAAUUAAUAGCUACUAUGAUGCGGCAAAUUAGAUGUGGACAACAAAAAGAUCUUUUAAAACUAGAGAUUCAGCAGCUUAUCAUUAAAGCCAAAUACGCAAAUACAAACGAUCAUCGAAGUGACCAUUCCCGAGAUUAAAUCAUUCAAAUGCUUUCAAAAUCUGAAAGUAAAACUUAUUUGAUAAUACAUUUAAAUCUGGGCUUUAAGUAGUAAGCUACGAGUCUUUGCGCAUCAGUAAUAAAAAAAUUUAUUAUAUAUAUAUAUAUAUUUGUAAAUAGUGUCAAAGUUACUAAGAAAUAUUUUUGUGACCUGCAUAUUUAUGACUCAGCUAGUUCAUGGGCUGUUUGAACUUAAUGAAUUUUUUUUAUACUUCCUCUAUUAUUUCUUUAUA